AUGGAUUUAUUAGGUGAUAUUGUGGAAAAGGAUCCAUACAAUGACAGUGACAGAUUAGAGAAACCAAUUAUUCAACAGACGAAAAAUGGAUUUCCUGAAUUAUAUAAGCCUAAAAAGAUUUCUUCGUGGAAACAAAGAUUACAACAAAAGAAACAACAACAACCAGCUACAAAAAAAUUAAGUGAAGCUGAAUCGAUUCAUAUGGAUAAUAUUAAAAAACUUAAUGAUAUGACAGAAGAUGAAAUUUUAAAAGAGAAAAAAGAUUUAUUGAAUUCUUUAGAUCCAAAAUUGAUUCAAAAUUUAUUGAAAAAUAUUAAUAAAAGACAAGAUAAUGAAACUCCAUUAUUUGCCGAAAUUGAAGGUGCUUCAGGAACUUGGGUUGGUGGAUUUAAUGAGAAUUUGAAAAAUUUACCAAGUUUAUCUAAUAAACAAGUGAAUGAUUCUCUUGAUAUAGUGACACCAUCAACUAAUAUAAAAUCACCAGUAAUACAGACGCAUAAAGAAGAUGUCGAAGAUGAAGAAAUCUCGGAUAUUGAAUAUCCACCUUUAGAUGAAGAUGAUGUGGCUCCGUUAGAUUAUCAAAUGGCUCAGGCUAUUGAUCAUACAGCAAAUGAAGAUUUAUUAAAAGAUGUACAUUUUGUCUCCCCACAUAAUCAUGACGAUGAUGAUAAUGAUAAUGACGAGACACCAUUAGAUAUUAAUGAUCCAAAUUUUGAUGAAAAAUUACAUAGUAGAUAUUUCCCUCAUCUACCCAAAGAUAUAGACAAAUUGAAAUGGAUGAAGUCCUCACCAGAAGAUGACGAUAUUGCAAAAGAUAAUGCUGUCAUUGAAAGUGUCGCUGAUUGUAGAUUUGAUUUCAAUGGGAAUUUAGUGCCUCCAACGCGUGAUAUCACUUCUACUACUACCUCUGCAUUACAUCAUCAUUCACAGGAUCCUCAACUUGCUGGCUACACAAUAUUAGAGUUAGAUCAUCUAUCAAGAUCCACAUACCCUUCACAACGUUGCAUUGCUAUCCAGACUCUUGGUCGUAUACUCUAUAAGUUAGGUAAACAAUCAUAUUAUCAAUUGGUUCCCGAAAUCGAUGCAGAAACAUAUCAAGAAGAUGGUAACAUUGAAAACGUCAUGAAUAAAAUAUAUGCAAUGUUUUGGGAGAUGUUAAAAGAAUUGCAAACCAUUCAAUGGUUAGAAUUUUCUUCAAUUGAAAAAAAUACCCCAAAUUUAUCUGUAAGAAAUUAUGCAAUUGAUGCAUUAUGGUUAUGGAAACAAGGUGGUGGAGAUUUUAGAAACAAGAAAUGA